GAGCUCGGGUUUAUGUAACAGGAAGUGAACGUUAUGAAAACAAACGCGCUCCACACCCUGAUAAGAAGCAACUGCACGCGCUCAGCGGUUGGAAACUACAAUAAUUAACUUGAACAGAUCAGUGUUGAGCAGCUCCACAGCUGUCAUGCUGAAAGCUGUGGGACAAGCUCUCUUCUCAACUGGACUGCAGAGUCCCAAAUUCACAGAACAGGAGAAAAAGGGACCAGACUAUGAGAUCCGCACCUACCACGCCACUAAAUGGGUGAGCACCUCUCUGAGUGCGAUGCAGUGGGACGCAGCCCUGAACACUGGCUUCCGCAGACUGUUCAAUUACAUUCAAGGCAACAAUCAUAACAAAGUCAAAGUUGAGAUGACAGCCCCUGUGACGUGUCGUGUGGACCCUGGAGCCGGCCCCGCAUGUGAAUCUCAGUUCACUGUAUCUUUCUACAUCCCGGAGGAGCAUCAGGAAAAUCCACCGGAGCCGAGCGACCCACAGGUGUUUGUGGAGCACAGGAAGGAGUUCACGGCUUAUGUCAGGACAUACGGGGGUUUCUCCAAUGAGAAGAUGAAGCACGAGGAGCUCCAGAAACUUCUGCAGAGCCUACAGAGGGACGGCGUCCCAUAUGUGGACCAGCCAUUCUACACAGCCGGCUAUGACAGCCCCUUUAAACUGACCAACCGCAGGAACGAAGUCUGGAUCCUCAAGAAGGAAGAGGAGCAACAGUAGAGAGUUCAAAGGUCACGCAAAACACCCUGAAGAAAACAUUCACAUUCAAAUUCUCAGAGAUUGGCAUUACAGCACUCAUCAAUGUUCAAGGGCACAAAUUUGUUGCUUUUAUAUGAAUGUGAUAAAUGAAGCUUCAAAGGUCAUAUUAAGACAUCAUUAAAUACCUUUUUUUGGGUCUGACUACACACUAAAAGUUACUGAAAUACAGACUCAUUCUCAGUCUGAAUAAAAAGGCUAAACAUCAUUUCAUUUAGUGAAUAAACCAGAAGGAAGACGUGGCCACAGUGGGGAAAUAUUUCCAGCAGGUGGAGCUAAACAGUGAGGAAACGUUUCUUCCUUUUGGUGCAUCUUCUUAGGACAAAACCCACAAGUGCCUCUUCACUUUUUAUUGCUCACAUUGCUGAUUGCUGUUUAUUCAGUGAUUCUUAAAGGUCAAAAAAUACUUAAAAUACCUGAGUCAUGUGGUAUUUGUUUACACCUGAACUUUACUGUGACAAGACUGUGCAGGGUGAAGAAAUAGAGGGAAGGCUCACAUUCAACAAUACUUGCAUGCCGUUAUGAACAAUAAAAGUACUAUUAGUCACUGCAGUUGGAGGACAAAAUCCAGAGUCCACAUUGUGUACAAAAAUACUUUGUGAAGUCUACAACUGUUGGAGUCUGAUCAAGUGAGAAUCUUCCAAAUGAUACAAAUUUCCCCCGUUGGUAUUAGUAUUCCUCCACUGCAGCUGUAAUUUUACUAAGAAUCUCCACUUGAUUUUAGCUCAUAUAGCUCAUAUUCACCUCAGUUGAACAAUAAAAUGUAUUUUUUUUUCUUGAAGUAAGGGCCAUAUUGAUUAUAUUGUCCCCCAUCUUUUACAUCGAAAUCACAUUAGAGAGGGGGCUCUUUUCUGUCAGAUAAGCAAGAGGAAUGAUUACAGCGACCAAUCAGCAACAGGCAUGCUGUUAUUUUUUAUUAAUUGAAAAAAAUUUGAAUCUG